AUGGUAGUAUACAUUUCCAAGCCUGAUGAUCGGGAACUGGCAAAGAUCGCACGGAUGAGUGUUAGCGACAUGCUAGUCAAGACGGGUCUGACGCAAGGACAAUGGGGCUCUCUCAAGAAGAAGUGUUUACGCACUGUGAAGAAACAUCUCGACUUGAGUGUACCUUACGAACAACAGAAUCGGCAGCGUCUUGAAGAAGUGGCGUUACUCGUAUAUGUUUCUCGCAGUAUUAUCAUAGAUGGAACUAAUGCGGAUUCACAGGUUGAAACCGAUUUAGGGUUCCUCGAACCUUAUAUCAAAGGAUGGCCUGUGGACGUCUACGUACGGCGGUACUUUGCAGAGCUAUUCAGAAUCGAUCGUCAUCAGGAUAGGCGUGGUGUGGCAAGGAGGAGUGGUGUGGUGGGUAAGAGCGAUCAGAUUCACGUUCAUAAAGUACUUGAUCUAACAGUGGUUGAAGUUAAACAAUCAUUCACAAGAAAGAGUGUGGGUCACCCGCCGAAUGUCGUUCCACAAAGUACCGGUGGUGAAUCCUCGAAUGGAGCAAGCUCUGUCCUCGAUGCCGGGCCAUUGGAUGGCGUUUUGUCUUCUCAGAACAAGCGAAUCAAAGACUAUCGGUUUCUCAAGGAUCGGCUGGCACACCUCGGAAUUCGGAACGAACUGGACGUACGAAACUUGACUUCGACAGGGCGUUACCGCACGUUAGAGUUUCUGAGUGGGAAAGCUAAGUUCCUCGGCAUCGAGGACUCGGAUGUGUUCGUGCUAGGCGAUCGAUUCAUGUUACUGUGAUGGUCGAUUAACGUAGUAUCAGGGAAACAACAGGAAGGUGUGCAUUGCAACGGUACAUGGACAUGUUACAUCAUUGUAGAAUGUUUCGCAAUGUAGACAUGAGCAUUUUGUGACAUAGACAUACUUUCGCGCAUGCCUGUCAGCGGGCAAUGGGACAGCGUUGUGUGAACG